AUUAAAUAAAGAAAUGCCCUUAGACCAUGGACUUCUGAAAGAUGUUAUACCCGAUGGCUUAUUGAUGUAAACAAAGUCAGAAAGACCCAAGAAAAAAGGAUGGCUCUUACUGCAAAUGAAUUAACGACGUUACUUGGAAUUUUGGCUGAAGAAACAACAGAGUCCGCCACUCUAGAACAAAUUAUACAUCAGAUUUACCAGAAUUUCACUAAACAAGAUUAUUUUAAGUUGGGAACAGCACUGGUGUUCCUGCUACAGCAACCAGAUCUUCUCCCAAGUCCUGCACAGCGCCUCUGUGCUGUGACAAUUUUACAUGAAUUAUAUCGAGGAGAACCACCUCCGAAUAACCCAUUUUUACCAGUUUUUGUAAAUAUUCUGCAUCCCCCAGAUAAUUUGUCGAAAGGGACAGGGAAAAAAUUGGAGUAUGCCGGUCAGCUUCCCAAAUUCUCACAGUCAGAGAUUGCCUUCCUCUCGUCCCUUAUCACAGAUAAAAAUAGCAAAGAGUUGUUAAAAAGAACUGCGUCACAAGUUAUGAGUUUGGACGUGACAAACCACCAACCCUCCGACACAACAUCCCUCAGACUAAGCUUGGCUGAACUCAUAGCGGAACGGUCAGACAUAGCCAAAAGUGCAAUUCCGGUUGUCUACUCACACCCACAGCUCUCACAGAGCCCAGGACACCUCAGUGAUGCAGAGCAGGUGAAAAGAACAUGCGAAGCUUUACUUUCUGGACCCACACCUACAUUAGCUCAGCAAUAUUUUACGCCAGAAAUCAUAAGACUAACACCUCCAAUUCAUGUUGCUGAGGAUGAGCUCGUCUGGAUUACGUCAGUGGAUAAAGCGGAACAUAAAAUCAUCUACGACUCGAGCAUGUGUGUCCUCAGUGGAGGUGACGUUGAAGCUAAGCGUUUAAUGGCCAAAGCAUUUAAGGAGACCCUGUCUUUGCCACAGCAACAGCACCUCUUGGCAGAACUGGACAAAGACCCCAAAAUGGUUUAUCACACAGGGCUUACACCACCGAAGUUACCAGAUUUGGUGGAACACAACCCUCUAAUUGCCAUUGAAGUCCUCCUUAAACUCAUGCAGUCCAGUCAAAUAACAGAAUAUUUCAGCGUUCUUGUCAAUAUGGAAAUGUCCUUGCACUCCAUGGAAGUAGUAAACAGAUUAACAACUGCAGUCGAACUCCCCUCAGAAUUUGUGCACCUGUACAUCAGCAACUGCAUUAGCACUUGUGAAACCAUAAAGGAUCGCUAUAUGCAGAACAGACUGGUCCGCCUUGUGUGUGUGUUCUUACAGUCUCUCAUACGAAAUAAGAUAAUUAAUGUCCAGGAACUCUUCAUUGAAGUCCAGGCUUUCUGCAUCGAAUUCAGCCGCAUACGUGAGGCGGCAGCUCUCUUCAGAUUAUUGAAACAGCUCGACUCGGGGGACACACAACCAGCGCAAGAGCCAGCCAGUAAGAAGUGACUCUUGGACAUCUUGUUUAGGCCUGUAAAGAGAAUAGAUAAAAAUAGGAGAGGCAAAAUACUCGCCAUCAUAUUGUUGUUUUUCUCACGGAAAUUGAGGACUUGCUGUUACACACUUUUAUUAUUUAUUUAUGUAUUUUUUUGUUGUUGUUAUAAAGUCACUCUCUCUAAAGUUGUUCUUGUGUGAAUAACUGUCUUGUGUCUCAAUAAAGAUAUAUGUACUUGUGUCUUUCACAAGCCUGUUUCUUUUAACUAAGCAUUUGUAAAACUCUAUCCCAAUUGAAUAUAGUUGUUGCCGACAUAUAGAUUUCUUUUUCUCCUACUAUCAAAAAAAUAAAGAAUUUUGUAACAAAAAGAAUAAUGAUGGAUAUAAUUACUACAGGAAAAUGCUGUGAAAACUGUAUUGUGGUGCAGGGUCAAAGAAAUACAAAUCAUAGUUAUUAUUUGUAACUUUAAAUAUGAUUUGAAUAAAGUGCAAGAUUAUACAAAUAACACAAUAUUCCAAGUAAUAGAUUACUCUCUCUCAAUUCACUCUCAAUAAAAUGAUAUUUGUAUGACAAAAAAGUACAUGUAUUCCUACCUUUCAAUACCUGUAGUUGCAUUCUUUACGAUUUUCAAAUUCUGUACAUGGUGUGUGUUCCAGAGCCAUACAGUAGGCUUGUACCAAAUGAAAUUGUAAUCCUAUUAUAUUUACCUUUAUGAAUUAUAUCUUGAGUAUGUCUGAUAUGAUGUGCUAUCUAGAUACUAUAGAAGAAUUUAUGUAAGAGAAGAUUCUUUUGUCUGUAAGAAAAUAAUGACAAUCAUGUUGAUUUAAUUUAUUCUGUAAAACACUUAAAAGACAUUUAUUGAAAUGUCAUAGAUGAAUUAGUAAAUUGUGAUUUAUGAUAUGCAUAACUGGUUCCUUUGUCGAAACAUUUACUUCAGUGGAAGAUAAAAAAAUAAAGAGCUGUCAUUUCUAAUUUUAAUGUAGUAAUAGAGAAAAGAUUACUUCCAUGUAGUGAAUAAAGACAGUUGAUAUAUAUGAAUAUGUUAGGGGCAAUAGCUUUUCUAUAUAUACAGAUUAUGAAAAUUGCAUUGAUGUAAUAUAUUUGAUUGGGUCUAUUUAUUGAAUUCAGUCCAAGACUGUACGUACGUCAUAAAUUUUCAUAGAUUGACAUCAGCUAAUAUUUAAGUGGAUUUUUUUUUUUUCUUAUGUCAGGCAAGUACUUAUGGCAGUUGCCGUUAAAAUAUUUAAAGAGGGAAUAUUUAAGGUCAUUUUGGAGACAGAACAUAAAAUUAUAAGUUUGUCCCUUCAAAAGGGGUGCUUAUUUUUCUUCCUCAAUAUUUCUCCUUUUUUAAAAUAUACAUUCCGUAUAUUAUCAGUGUUGAUAAAGUAAUUAUUCUGCACAUUUUUUUCAUUACAUACUGGUGUGUAUAGAAAUGUUUAUCACAUGUAUUGUAAUUUAAAAUAUGUGUGUUUUUCACUAAAUUCACUGAAUGAUUGAAAACAGUAGUGUGUAUAUGGUUAAUGAAAUUGCAAGAAAAAAGUGUGUAAAGAUUGAAUUUACAAAUUACAUAAUCUCUCUCAUUCAUAUUUAGUUGCUUAGAAUUGUGUUUAGUGAUGAACUAAAAAUCAAGACUAAAUCAUGUUUUUCACCUAUCAUUUUUAUUCUAAAGAAUUGUCUUAAUGUGACAGUGGAAACUAUUAUCUUUUAUUAUUUACUGAAACAGCUGAAUAUCAUACAAUUAAAUUUCUACUGUUACAUUUUUAUUUUACACUUUUCAUUAUGUAUAUAUUUUUUCAUAAGAUUAGAAAUAUCAAUGCAUAAUAACAUACCUUUUGUAGUAUGCUUCAUAUAAAAAUUUAUUCAGAUGCAAAAUGAAAAAAAAAAUGUUUGCAGUAUUUCACAUUUAUGAAUAAAGAAACUAUAAAUUGA